AUGCUUGCCUACCAGAGGCUAGAAACUCACGAAAUCUACGACAUCGCCCUGCUGCACCUCAGUUCUCCUGCCUGUGACAACGGGUUCGUGGAGAUGGGAGUGCUUUCAGCUGAAGGAGACAUUUUGCCCAAUAACUAUCCCUGUUAUCUGACCGGAUGGGGGGUGGUUAGUGCGGGCAGCAGCAGUGCAGACAGACUGCAGGAGGUGAUGCUGCCAGUGGUGGACCAUGAGAUCUGCUCCCAGGACGACUGGUGGGGCUCUGACGCAAAAGCUACAAUGAUCUGUGCAGGUGGAGACGGCGUGAGGUCCGAAUGCAGUGGGGACUCUGGGGGCCCUCUCAGCUGCUACAAAGACAAUCGUUGGCAGGUCCAUGGGAUCGUCAGUUUGGGGCUGGUUCCGUACUGUAACACCUACGGGAAGCCGAUGGUCUUCACACGCGUGUCAGCCUACGUGGACUGGAUCUACAGC